UAACAACAAAACGUUGCUGUCGUUUAAGAUUUUACGGAACUACAUCCUAACUGAUAUCACAGGCGACGCCAUAUUUUUUUCAAAGGCGUUAACCUACUUCGUUUCCCAGCGGUGACCAAUCUUACGUGCUCAAAGAGUCUUUACAAUUACCCAUGAUUCCCCAGAAACGUGUGACCUGUCUCUGGCCUUGGCGUGUAGCUCGGUGUUGCUAGUUGUGUGUGUGCGCGUGUGUGUGUGCUGGCUAUAGCAUUUCAUUAGCGUUAAUUAGCGAGCGUUCCUGUCCGAGAAGCCGGCUAGUAAACUGGGAACCGUUACAGCGGAGCUGAGCCACAAUGCUGAAAUGUAGAAAUGUAUGGAAAAAGCUUGCACCUCUUGCUAGAGCCUCAUCAACUGUAUGCCGGCAGAAUGUGAGGAGAGUAGGGUUGCCCAAUGGCAGGAUACCACGUGUACCCGUGGCUCACAUGUCUACCGGGCCUACAGGAGGGGGUGGGGAAAACCACCUGUAUGUCCUUCUGGUUGGAGCAGCCUGCCUCGGUGGUGGAAUUUAUGCGUACCAAACUAUCAAGGGAGACCAACAAAGAUAUCAGGACCGUAUUAAUGAAAUUUCAUCCAGAUCACAAAAAGCCGCCACAGAAGAACCAACCACACCCAUCCAGUCUGAGCCUCCCGCUGUGAAAGCCAGCGAGACAGAGGCCGUCCCUGAGCCAGAAACUCAAGCAGCACCUUCACCAGAGGAGCCAAGUCCUCCAGUCCCUGACGUCGAAUUAGCAGCAGCCCCCAGUGAAACAGCUGAACUGCCCCCAGCAGAUGAGCCAGUGGUAGAAGCGCCCCCCGAGGAGGCAGCAGAACCACCUGCUGCACCUGUAGUUGAGGAGGAACCAUCACCCCCCUCUGAGCCGUCCCCAGCAGAGCUUACAGAGCCGCCCCCUGCACCUGUUGUGGAGAGUGAACCUACAGCAGCAGCAGCAGCUGAAAGCCCCACAGCAGAGCCACCCGAGCCUCAGCCUGAAGUUGUGGCAGUGAGUGGAGUGGACUCCACACCUGCUUCUCUCAAGGUCCCCUCACACACCCCCUACCUCCUUAUUGGUGGCGGUACCGCCUCCUUCGCCGCAGCCCGGUCUAUUCGAGCCAGAGACCCCGGUGCAAAGGUAUUGAUUGUGACUGAUGAGCCAGACCUUCCAUACAUGAGACCACCUCUUUCUAAGGAACUGUGGUUCUCUGAUGACCCCAGUGUGACGGAAACACUGCGUUUCAAACAGUGGAAUGGAAAGGAAAGAAGUAUCUACUUCCAGCCAGCAUCAUUCUACAUUAAUCCAGAGGAAUUGGAUAGUGCAGAAAAUGGGGGAGUGGCGGUGCUCACUGGCAAAAAGGUGGUUCAGAUGGAUGUGAGAGGAAACAAAGUCAAAUUGGACGAUGAAACUGAGAUUUCAUAUGACAAGUGUUUGAUCGCUACAGGCGGUGUGCCAAGAAAUCUCCAAGUCAUUGAAAGAGCAGGGGAGGAGGUGACACAGAAGACAACUUUGUUCCGCAAGAUCGAGGACUUCAAAUCACUGGAUAAGGUCACCAGAAACAUCAAGUCCGUCACAAUCAUUGGAGGCGGCUUCUUGGGCAGCGAGCUGGCCUGUGCCCUCGGCAGGAGAUCACAUGAGUCUGACCUGGAGGUGAUACAGAUGUACCCCGAGAAGGGCAACAUGGGAAAAGUGUUGCCCGAGUACCUGAGUAACUGGACAACAGAAAAAGUCAAGAGAGAGGGCGUAAAAGUCAUCACAGAAGCUUUGGUGAAGUCUGUGACCUGCAAAGAUGAUAAGUUAGAAAUCCAAUUGAAGGAUGGCAGAUUGGUGAAAACCGAUCACAUUGUUGCAGCUGUUGGCCUGGAGCCAAAUGUUGACCUUGCUAAGUCAGCCGGUCUGGAGGUGGACUCUGACUUUGGUGGCUAUCGGGUCAAUGCAGAGCUGCAAGCUAGAUCCAAUAUUUGGGUGGCAGGAGAUGCUGCCUGUUUCUAUGACAUCAGACUGGGCCGCAGACGAGUGGAGCACCAUGAUCAUGCCGUUGUGAGCGGGAGACUAGCAGGGGAGAACAUGACAGGAGCCAACAAACCCUACUGGCACCAGUCUAUGUUCUGGAGUGACCUGGGUCCUGAUGUAGGCUAUGAGGCGAUUGGGAUUGUUGACAGCAGCCUACCAACAGUAGGGGUGUUUGCCAAAGCCACUGCCAAGGAUACACCUAAAGCUGCUACAGAGCAGUCAGGAACUGGGAUCCGCUCAGAAAGUGAAACAGAGGACACGGCCACUAGCCCAGUGGCUUCUUCAACGCCUGCUCCCGCUAUGGAGCAACACAAAGACGACUAUGGAAAAGGAGUCAUCUUCUACCUGAGAGACAAAGUGGUGGUGGGUAUUAUCCUGUGGAACGUGUUCAACAGAAUGCCCAUCGCAAGGAAGAUUAUCAAGGACGGAGAGGAACACGCAGAUCUGAAUGAAGUGGCCAAGCUGUUCAACAUCCAUGAGGAUUAAGAUGGAGGACACUCUUGGAAAGGGAGUUACACUUCAUGUUAAGACUGAACUUUGACAGCCAUUGCCACACAACUGAUCAUACUUACAAAACGGAGAAAUUCAUGUAAAUCACGUCAUGUCGUUGAAAUAUUUUCAUAUUUGGAAUUUGUACCUGCGUCACCUGUUUGUUGUUGUUGUUUUUUUCUAUUCAGGAGAAGUCAGUGUCUCAUCUUCCACCAAACAUUUUGCUUGCAUUUUCUUUUAAAUCAUUGUCAAGAUGUGAUUGUCUGUCUGCUUUUCCCUACCAGGCUGAAAAUGUCAAGCAUGGAUUAUUUUCCUCUGUGUGAUCAGAGCAGCUUGCUGUGAGAAAAGCUGCAAUAAAAGCUAUUUUUAAAUUGGA